CCAUCCGCUGGUGAUGGGUGACCACUUCCAAUAGGAUAGGAGGGGUUUACGGAGAGGUCUGUUAUAUUUGCUCUCACGCCGAUUUUAUUCGUUCAUCUGCGACUAUCAUCUCGAAACGACAGCGCAUGCAUAUAAGUACACAGCAGAAGUCCAUUUGUAUGCUGGUGGAGAGUCCCAGGAGACAGAAGAACCUUCUGAGCUGCAGCUGUCAGCAGAGAACAUGAGGAAGAGCCGGAGUGUUUUGGCAGUGACACCUAUAGAUGACAGCAAGGACCUCUUAGGAUGUACAUCUUCAGGCGCUACACUGGGCGUGGAUCUCUGGCGAGGCCCCCGACGGCACUCAGGAACCCUUGUGUUGCCGCCGUUGUCAUGGAGACAGACAGAGAGGGCCCGCAGUCCUCAAGAUCACGUUUCAAGACCCACGUCACUGGGCUUCAUUACUCCACCACGUAUAGAUAUCACACCAGUUCCCCCUGAUAGUUUGGAGGUGGAGAAUGGCCCCUCUAUCGGCUGUAGUCCACUGGACCUGCAAGCGUCCCCAGGCUCUGGUUUGGUCUUGCAUCCCAACAUGGCCAGUCACGGGCAACGGCGAGAGUCUUUCCUUUACCGCUCGGACAGCGACUACGACCUCUCGCCCAAAUCCACCUCUCGCAACUCCUCCCUUGUUGGAGAACAGUUACAUGGUGAAGAUCUGAUAGUCACUCCUUUUGCUCAGGUGCUUGCAAGUCUUCGCACUGUUAGGAAUAAUGUCAGCUUCCUGACAAAUGUGCCUUGUCCCUCCAGCAAAAGAUCACCAGUCAGCAGUCAACCACCAAUGACCAAAGGCAACCUGUCAGAUGAAUCCUACCAGAAGUUGGCUGUGGAGACCAUGGAGGAGCUAGACUGGUGCCUGGACCAGCUGGAGACCAUCCAGACUUACCGCUCUGUUAGUGACAUGGCCUCCAACAAGUUCAAGAGGAUGUUGAAUCGGGAACUGACACAUCUGUCUGAGAUGAGUCGCUCUGGAAACCAGGUGUCUGAGUUCAUCUCCAACACUUUCUUAGAUAAACAGAAUGAACUGGAGAUCCCAUCGCCCACUUCAAAAUCACGGGAGAGGAAGAGGAGGCAGCAGCAGCAGCAGCUUAUGACUCAGAUCAGCGGGGUGAGGAAGGUCACGCUUGGCCCGGGUCUGUCCAGCAGCUGCAGUACGGCCCGUUUUGGCGUAAAGACAGAUUUGGAGGACUUGCUCUCUAAGGACCUGGAGAACAUCAACAAGUGGGGUCUGAACAUCUUCAAUGUUGCAGAGCACUCUCACCACCGGCCUCUGACCUGCAUCAUGUAUGCCAUCCUUCAGGAGAGAGAUUUAAUGAAGACAUUUAAGAUCCCAGUGGACACCUUUGUGACAUACAUGAUGACUCUUGAAGACCACUACCACGCAGACGUGGCCUAUCACAACAGUCUACACGCGGCUGAUGUGGCCCAGUCCACACACAUCCUGCUGUCCACACCUGCACUGGAAGCAGUCUUUACAGACCUGGAGAUCCUGGCCGCUAUCUUUGCAGCAGCCAUCCAUGACGUGGACCACCCAGGGGUCUCAAACCAGUUCCUAAUUAAUACCAACUCUGAGCUGGCGCUCAUGUACAAUGAUGAGUCUGUUCUCGAGAACCAUCACCUAGCGGUUGGUUUCAAGCUCUUGCAAGGGGAAAACUGUGAUAUCUUCCAAAACCUCUCCAAGAAACAGCGACAGACUCUCAGGAAAAUGGUCAUUGACAUGGUACUAGCGACAGACAUGUCCAAGCACAUGAGCUUACUGGCUGACUUGAAGACAAUGGUCGAGACCAAGAAGGUGACUAGUUCAGGAGUGUUGUUGCUUGACAACUAUACGGACAGGAUACAGGUCUUACGAAAUAUGGUUCACUGUGCCGAUCUCAGCAAUCCCACCAAGCCAUUAGAUCUGUACCGGCAAUGGACGGACCGCAUUAUGGAUGAGUUUUUCCACCAGGGUGACCGAGAGAGAGAGCGAGGCAUGGAGAUCAGCCCGAUGUGUGACAAACACACCGCUUCAGUGGAGAAAUCUCAGGUUGGUUUCAUUGACUACAUCGUGCACCCGCUAUGGGAGACUUGGGCGGACCUGGUGCAUCCAGAUGCGCAGGAUAUCUUGGACACUUUAGAAGAGAACAGGAACUGGUACCACAGCAUGAUACCACAGAGUCCCUCCCCUCCCUUCUUUGAAACAGGAACUGACGGUGGAGAUAAGUUUCAGUUCGAGUUGGAAGUUGAGGAAGGACCCAAGCAGGAUACAGAGAAUAUGUUAGAGACAGACGAUGUAGAGAUUGAGACAUGUUCUCCUUCAUCUGCCGAGACGUAGCACCUCACUACAAUGGCUGUCAUGUUGGCCGUAUUUGAUGACAGAGUAAAGUGGUGGAAUGUUAUUCUCCUGCUACCUGAGAAUCCCUCAGAGGACCACUGUGUCUUGGGACUCUGCCGUUGUUACAGAGCCUAAAAGGGGAGUGAGUGAACAUCCUACACAAUAUAGUUUUCACAGAAGUUGCAAGAAUCCAGUCAAGUUGGACAUUGGCAGAAGUGGACGGACGGCCGUACCGAAAGUGCCAUAAGAUGGAUUUUCUUAAUCAGUCGCUCCAGUCUGAUCCGAAUGUUGGAGUGGGUUUCUGUGAAGGAGAAAUGCUGACCCUCUUAUAAGAGGGGUUUGUACUACAACAUCAGACUUUUUUGUAAAAAAGAAAAAAAAAAGACUACUUUUUGUACUUGUGUUUUGUCACUUUUUUGGUGUCACAUCCAACUACACUUUUGAAAAUGUCAAAAGUGAUGAAUGUUGUCAUGCUGAAAGCAAAAGCAUGUAAUUCCCAGUCGUGUAUUUGGGAAUGCAGUCUUCCUAAAUUUUGGAGAACAGAAUAUUCUAAUUCUUGUGCCAGCAUACUUUAUCUUUAUUUAAGGAAUACAAAACCUUUGUACUUUGUAACAAACAGUUUCUCUUUUAAAAGGCGUUCUUAUAAAGCGAUUCCUCUGGUAAAACUAAUGUGACGUUUUAUGUCGUAUUAACUAUAAACAGGAUCCAAAGAGUCCAGCAUUUUAGUGGUUACUCUUAAGGAAUGUCCUGGGAUGGAUAUAAAUUAAGCUCUUUCAACUGUAUUAGUUGCGAUUAUGUUGAUUACCACGAAAAAAAAAAAAAAUAUAUAUAUAUAUAUUAAACUUCUAUUGUAAAAGCCAUUACAAGUCCAAUAAGGAACUACUAUUGCAAGUACCUUAUUGAUUUUUGCUUUUAAAAAACUAAUGGAUGAGUCAAAAUGAUUUUUCUUUGGUAACUGACAUUAUCCCACAGAUGCUUUCGAUCGAGCUGCACUAGUACUGAACCCAGAUCAUUCCUUUUAAACCACUUUAAUAUGGGAAACAAACAUCCCAACACUUAAUAGUGACAUUAAACUGAUUUAUAGCAGUUUUUUAUGUGCUAUAUAUUUAAAAAUUACCUCUUUGUGUCUGUAAAUGUCACUAAGAUACUUUUAUGUCAAAGGAACAAAAGAGACUUCAGAUUUAACAUUUAAAAAUUUCAACUCUCAAAUCCCAAUUAAUUUCUCUUUACAUGUUUUAUUUCUUAGAAUCUAAGCUGUUAAUAUUCACGGAACAGAGUCAACAAUAAACCUCAAUUACACAAUCA